UGCUCUGCUAAUUGUAAUGCCAAGAAACAUUAAAAUAGUUAGUGAAUUUACCAAUAUACCCAUGUGUAUUCACUUGAAUGACCCAAUGUUUUGCUCGCAUCGCCACGUGCCGGUCUGUGAAUGGUGGGUGAUGGCAGAAGAGGAUAAUUUGGCUGCUCCUGUAGGAUGCCAUUUGGGUGUUUGUGUUCUUGUCCAUUUUGGAGGAUGUCUAAAUGGUGGGGACCCACUCAUCACGUGGAGCGGCUGCUCAAUGUCAAGCCUAAAAGACAAAAACAAAUAGUCAUUUACAAAUCUCCUCUAAUCCCCUCUCCACCAAUUAUCAUCUAUCUCCCACGUGGGACUCCUGGUCCCACCCCACCAUUUUGUUCCACCUUUCAAUUGCUAUUUCAUUGUAUUGCGCCUCCCUCGUGAUCAUAUGAUCGACCCCAACUAUACUCUCUCUUUCUAUCUCUCUCUUGUAUAUUCUCUCCUUGUUAUGUAGUGUUGGUGAAGAUCAGAAAUUGUAGGUAUCAUGGGGGAUUCUUCUGCUUCAUACAUACACAUGGUGCAGCACCUAAUAGAGAAGUGUCUGAUAUUCCACAUGACUAAAGAAGAGUGCAUGGAAGCCCUCUCUAAACAUGCAAACAUCAAACCAGUCAUCACCUCCACUGUGUGGAACGAGUUAGAGAAAGAGAACAAGGAAUUCUUUGAGGCAUACUCUCAAUCCCAGAGCAAGGGAGAUCGAAUGUCAGAGGCAGAGACGAACGAAAUGAUUCAGAAGAUGAUAUCGGAGUCUUCUUCCAAAGAUUCCGAUGACUGAUAUAUACAUAUACAUAUCACUAAAAAUGAUCUUAUUAUUAACCUCUGGGUUCUGGUUAUCAUAUAUGCAGUUGAUAUCUUAGACAUGGAUCCUUCGUGUGCAGCCAAACUCGAAGGUAGUUGUUUUAGUACUAUGUGGUCCUAAGUAACAUGAUUCUAUGGACAAAGUACUUGUGCGGUCCUCAACUAAUUAGGUGGUCAAUGUAAAGUCAAAGUUCAUGCUUUCAUGCAAUUAACAAUAUCUAAGAAAAAUGGUUAUUGCAACAUCAUAGUACCUGUGCGAAUUGCAGAGGAUGUUACUGCAGAUGGAGCUGUAAGGCCAGUAGGGUUUAGUUCUAGUGCUCUUUUGUCUCUGUUGUUGUUGUGUGUAUAUAUAAACUGGUGUAUGUAGAAAAUCGCGUGUGGUCGUCAGACUAAUCAGCUAUUGUAUGUGCGUAUUAAUAAAUGAAGCUAAAGUGGGGACUACGUAUUUGUCUA